AAAUUCCCAUCGAAAAAUUCUUAUGUAUGUGUUUCUGGAUGGUCUCGUGACACCGCAUCGGAGCUGUCAAAUCGCAUUUUAAUGCUUCAACUUGAAUGUUUUUGCACCAGCAUUCAUUUAAUGGACAUGUUCAUGCAAUUGAAAUUGGAGCCGUUUGUUUCAGUUUCUAACAUUCAUUAAAAUGUAAAUGCAUUAGGGAAAUUUCAGUCGGACAAUACGUUCGGUUCGGUAUUAUCGGUAUUGAGCGGUCGCUUUGGUUGCGCAUGUGUUUGUGAGCAGUAAUUGAAUUCAGUUCGGUGUAUGGCGAAGUGUCAUAUUGCCGUCGUCUCAUUAGAACGGUGACUGCGUGUUGGUAUACGCAUACCAUUUUUUUCCGUCUCUCUCAUUCGUAUUUGUAUGUAGUGUCACAUUUUUAAUCAAUUCUUCAAUUCCGUAUCAUUUGCACGUUCAUUUCAGCAUCAAAAAUUCGAUAAAACGAGUUAAAAUUCCCAAUUUUUUCUUUCGUUCUCAAGGCAUCAAAUUCAUUCUGGUUAAAUGAAAAUUACUCAGUAAACAAUCAUCGAAUCGAAAAUACGUGAAAAUGUUCGAGGACGCUGACAAUUUGGCCGAUUUAUUCCGUGGCGGACUACCCAUUUAUAUUUUAAUAACGUUGCCCAUUCUCGUGAUUUGUUCGUCAAAUCCCGUGUUAGCUAGUAGCGAAUUCAAUGUGCAACGAAUGUCACAAUACGACUUGCAUGGAGUUCCAUACGGAUGCCGUGCAUCAAGCAUUAAUCUCGAAGCCAAAUCAUUGUACACUUGGUCAACUUCUAGACAUUGUGUCUUGUCAAGAUUUCAAGAUCUAACCGUCGACCAAUUCCGUGAAAUACGUGCCAAAGCCGGUGGUCUCAUUCUGUUGCUACCACAGAAUUUGGCUGAACUUACCGCCGAGCAACGUCAGCAUGUUUUAAGUUUAGAGCAAGCGAUGUUAGCCCAGGAAAUUUCAAUACCCGUGUACUUUUCGAAAUUUGACACCGAACUGGAUCAUAUCAUCAGCGAUAUAUCGAAACUGAAAGUCGAUGAACAAGAUGAUUUGGCUGAUGUUAAAGGUGCUGGCAAACGUGAUUCAGCCUUGAGCGAAAUUGUCAACUCGAUCUCAGCAAAUGGAUAUCAGGUUCAAGUGAGCGGAGCUCAUCAUUCUCCAAAUAAACAGUCAAAAAUACCAAUCGUUCAAGGUGAACUGUAUCCAAUAUUGCAAGCAAAAAAUCCAUCUAGCGAUGCAUUAUCGGCCAACAGCAAGCUACCAACGAUCAUAAUAACAGCUCAUAUCGAUAACUUUGGACUAUUAAAUAGUCAGCUAAGCAAUGUAGAUGCAGCCGUUUUUUUCACACUCAUGGAUACAUUUAGCAAAGUGCACAAUUCAAUUGGCAUGGCACCAAAGUAUCGUUUCCUCUUUUUACUCACCGAAUCGGGAAAUCUAGUCAAUUUCCAAGGUACAAAGAAAUGGUUGGAUGCAAAUGUCGACGAAAAUGCCGCAUUACAAAAUGUGGAAUUUGUUUUGUGUUUGGAUUCGUUGGGCAAGAGUGGUUUGAAUGAAUUAUUCAUUCAAGUGUCGAAGCCACCCAAAGAGGGAACCCAUAUCAAUACAUUCUACAAAUUGUUGAAACAAAAUGCUCAACGCUAUGCAAAUCAUACGGUUGAAGGUGUACAUAAGAAAAUCAAUUUGGCCGAAGCACAGCUCGCCUGGGAACAUGAACGCUACAGCAUGAAACGCAUUCCAGCAUUCACCAUAUCGAAUUUGAAAUCAUACAAAGACCCACAACGUACCACCAUCUUCGAAGAGAAUCGCGAAAAAACACUCGAAGUGGCUCGACUAAAUGCCAAAGUUAUUGCCGAAACGCUCGCCAGCUACGUGUAUCGAAAUGCUAGCAAUGUCAACGGCGAUACAAAUGGAGACCAACCCUCCACCGAACCAUAUACCGAAAUUUUCUCAGGAACUAUUGCAAUCACAAGCGAAACAGUCCAACCCUGGCUUUAUACACGUUCAUCUUUGUUCAAUAAUGAUGUUAAGAAUGCCUUUGAAAAAUAUUUGAAAAACGUUAAAAUCACAUACGAUAAGCCCGAUUUGCGUGAACCAGACUUUAUGUUCUACGACGGACAAGACGGUGUACUGAACAUUUAUAGUGUGAAACCAGCUGUUUUCGAUCUAUUUUUAACCAUUGUGAUAAUCUCAUAUUUGAGCACUGUCUACUUCGCCAUUCUGUACUUUGGUCAUUUUUAUAGUGCAAUUUGUAAAUUAAGCAAUAACAAAGCAAAAGUAAACUAAGCAACAAGGAGUAGAACAAAAAAAAGACAAAAAGAAUACAUCAACCAACCAACAAAUCUACCAAAAUACCAACCACAACAUGAGAGCGACGUUGAUUCGGCUGCUAUUGCCGCAUCGCAGAACCAACCAAUCGUUUAGUCAAUAAGUUAUGAACAACACGUAGUUUGCAUUUUCUGUUGAUUCUGCAAUUGAUGCAAUUUCAUUUCAAAAUGGGUGUAAUUAACAAUGGAAAUAGUCUCUUUAGGAAAGGAAUUUACGAUUUCAACUCAUUUCCCAAUGUUGAAACAUUCAAGAAAAAAAAGUACACAAAAACGAUUCAUGUAUUAGAUAGAACUAUACUACUAGUAUCAUUUCUGCAUCAUUGUUUUCGUUUUCUUUGUUUAUAAGAAUCCCUAUUUAUGCCUGAUACAUGUAUGGAAAUUGAAUUAAAGAGAAUCAAACGAUAAGAAA